AGAACUUUCGACCCCUGCCCCUGCCCCUGCCCCUACAUUCUUGAACUAUUCUCUGUUUGAGAAUACAGGUAAUGCCUUCGAGACUUUGAAUCGCUCCUCAGCAACCGGAGGAGGCGGACAAACAUCCAGCUCGAUGGUUGCACCAGAUAUUCGGGCUCUCUUUUCGCACGGACCCAACUCUGGGCUGCCUCCUGUGGCCUCUUCACCUCCUCCUUGGCCCGAACAGAGCAACCGGCAGCUGUCCUUGUUGCCAGGAUCAGGAUCCUCCACGACUGCACCUGCCACGGCCGCAUCAGGACCUUCGUUUUCGCUAAGUCAGGCUCCUGGAAUGCAUCAGUACAACCAGUCGUCUUCAUUUAACCGACUAACAUCGCUGCCCGUCGACCCAUGGGCAAGCCCUGGGAAGCAGAACCAGCAGCAGCAGCAACACUUGCCAAACACACCAGGCUUCCCUGGUGCCAUUGGACAGUUUCGUACUCCGCCCCCUGGGAUGAACAGCGUUGGCAACAGUGGAUUUUACACACCUGGUGGUCAAGGCCAACAAACACAGCUGUUCUCACCGGAAGGGCCAUAUGUCGGUGCGAUGGGAUACCAGACCCCAGGCUCUGUUCCUUCCAAUCAUUUGUACUCAAACAACAGCUCGCCUGUCCAAGGCGCAUCAAGCGAUAUCGCAAAUUAUUCAAAGUCAAUGGGACAGCAGUCGCCGCAGCAACAACACCAUCCUCAGCAGCACCACCAACCAUCUCCUCGACGACCCAUGUCCGGAUCAUUUGUUUCACGCGACAGCAUGCAGUUCUACGAAGACAAGAUGGUAUCAAUGCCGUCUUUUGGACCAGGUUAUGGGCCUGCCCUCAAUAGUGGCAACAACCGAUCACAUCAGCAGCAGAUGUUAUACCAGCAGCAGCAGCAGCAGCAACCAGGUCAAGCAUACCCACCCCAAUCUACAUUUGGCCAAUCUAUUCAAUACCCACAGCAGCGCCAGCGGCACUCUAGCCACAACAGCACGGCCAGUCAUCACACCAUGUUCCUGGGGCCUAUUGGAGGAGGCCUUGGAUCAGCUGGAGGAAGUGUCAAUAGCGACGAUAUCUCUACUGAAGACGAUAGUGACGAGCCUUUCGAUGACAUGCGGAACCGAUACCGAUCAUAUCAGUUCCAGCACCAGGGUAUCCAAGGAGGGAGUGGAGGGCUUGUUCCUCAGACCCCACCCUCAUCGAUGCUUGCGAACCGCCGAGGCUCGGUUCCGUCGAUGGGAUCAACAUAUAGUAACCAGCAGCUGUAUGAUUCGACACAUGCCGGUGUACCUCUGCCGAAUGUGGUGCGAUUGAGCAACAGCAGCUCUGACCUCUAUGGUCGCAAAUCGCUGGUGAACUCGAUGAACAGACUCUCGCUGGGUCAGCAGCCAGACAACAGCUUUGGAUCUCCUCGAUCUCUUGGGGGACUCGGGGGGAGCGCUGGUGAUGGAUCGCCAUUGAACAUGGCGAACUUUUCGUCGGGGUCAACAUUCAGUGGCAGCGGUGAACGGGAUCUGUUCUCGAGUGGGCUCGGUGGCAUCAUUGGCGGAGCCACAAUCAGCCACGGUGGCGCUUACAAUACCCAUACUCAUAUCCAUACCCAGAGCAACAAUGGAUCCAACCAGGCCGGAGGUAAUAAUGGCAAUGUGAACGAGGUCCAAAAGGAAGGCCGUAUCGGUUCGACGUUGUCCCACUCAGCGCUCCCGUUCCUUACAAAUUCGCAACUGGAUCAGUCGGGACAUCACAGUAUGGUUGGAGGCUGGGACCGCUGAAGACCCAGCUGUUGAUCUUGCUGGCUCUAUUUUAUUUUCUUUUUCCUUGUUCAUACUUUUACAGCUCGUUUCGUUUUGUAUUUCUGUUGUUGGUUUCCAUUGUACAACAACAAUGUGUUCUAUUCUCUCAUUGUCUUUCCUCGUGUUGUUUGUCUUUGUCCUUUAUUCCUGUUGUGUUUCUUUUGUUUGGUAUUCAACUC